AUGCUUCAUGAGAUCCUCUUGUCCCUGUCCGGUCUCCAGUCGCCUAUAUGGUCGCAAGCACGGGUACGACCAUCAGGAGAAGGAGACCAGGAAACGCCAUUCAACCAAUAUGUUUCACCCCCGGAACGGGUUAUGCUAGAUACCCUAGCUCGCCUACAUGACUUGCAUGUCCAGAUCAGAACGACGACGACGCAGUUGUCCAAACAUCACAAGUCGAUGGUGUGCCGAGCGGUGAGCUCCUCAGUAGCAGACGUUCACUUGGGCUCGUUCUUGAGCAAGAUUAUACAGGUGGAAUCUGCCAUUCUCCGAAAGGAUGCAGGAUACGUGGCAGCGUAUGAGAUCGUGCCUUUGAGCACCAUCGUGGCCGAGUUUUCACCCUGGACUAGACGGUUGGAGUGGCUAUGGUCAGUAGUCCAGCAUCUCGACCCCAGUGCCGCGCAGAGUGCAAGGAAACGCCCGCCAUCCGGAGCCAGCAUUCUCGAUCUGCUAGAAGAUGAAACACAUACAGGUUACUCGGACAUUGAAGAAAUGGCUGUGGCACUCUUAACAGUUGCUCAGAAAAGUUGGAUGCGAGCGACGUCGCUCUGGGUCCUCUAUGGCAAGCUUCCUGCCGCUGGGAAUCAGGACUUCUGCGUCAAACCGAAUCCAAAUCCGUCGUCUGCCAUGGAUGAGUUCAUCAUUGAUCCUGCAUUGGCUCCUAAAUUGUUGAGGCGGGGGGCAAUCCAAGCAUUACUCUCAGCCGGUAGUGCGUUGAGCCAGCUGCGUUCGCAAGCCACUUCUGGUGCAGCUGCGUUACAGGCCUUCGAAGACCCGUCCAUGGCUCUGUUACAGAACCAUCUCACAGUGCUUUGCUCGUUGCAGUACCCAUUGAACCCAACCCUGUUGGGGAGUGCGUUACUGGCCAUCAACCAGAGCAUCUCGGAAAACGCCCUCUCUCAAAUCCUUCCCCGGUCCUUAGUAAUGCAACUUCUUCAGGUCAUUUUGCGUUAUAUGCUCCUUGGUCAAGGCGAGUUUGCGGUAUCUUUGAUCAGGCAUGCAGAUGAUAGACUUCGUGGCCGCCAGCAGACACUGGCAACAGCUCGUCCGAUUCGAAAGAUCGGAAGACUGGACGACCUAGCAGUGAAGGAGGCGGAACUGAAUGGUGUGCUGGCCAAAACCAUGGCGGAGAUUGCAGCUUUACAAAGGGAGGAUGACCUUGAGGACGACACCUUCCAUCUCGCCAGACAGUUUUUGUCUCUCAAAGCAGCGCCGAGUGAGCACAGCAUGCGCCUCAUAGCCACACUGCUGCCUACGCCCACACUUCUGCGCCUUGCUUUCCCGGCACAAUCGCCACUGCACAUAUUCUUGUCCUCGGACGAUGCCAAGAUCUACGCCCACAUCAACGCCUAUCUGCUCUCCAUUCAUCGAGCAGAACUACAUUUAUCGGCACUAUGGAGGCUGUCAUCUCAUCGCCGAUGUCACCCGAGCCCUCUGGGACCACCGAGAAGCACUUCACAGUCUGGACGAGCAAGACUGGAAGCUGGCAGGCUGAAAGAUGCCCAACGCAACUCAAGGACCAGAGGUCAUUGGACCUGCGCGAGCAAGCUCUUGUUCCUGGUCAAUGAGCUUCAGGCAUAUCUGCAGGGCGAGGUGAUUCAGAGCAGUUGGACUCAUUUCCGCGAGUGGCUGGAGGGCAAGGACUCACAUCACCUUUCUUCUGCAAGGUCAUCGAGGCCAACCACAGCGUCGUCGGCUGGAGAGCCGCCUAUGUCUGAAGCCGUCGGCCGCGACAAAGAGAGGGUGCCCACUGAUCCUCGCGCGCUGGCCGACGCGCAUCGGAGGUAUCUACAUGCAUUGAAUGCAGCUCUUUUCCUCGCAAACGACGGCUUCAUCGAAUCACUAAAAGAGCUUCUUGACCAAAUCGAUCACCUCGUCGCCCUCUUCUCGCGGCUUCAGACAGUCUGGCAAGGGCUAGACCUGCAGGAUGACGAGGGUGUGGUUGACGCCUUCUCCAACUAUGCACAGGACGAAGUGGAAGUGCUCGCCGAGAUGGACCGGACUAGGAGCGCUGUUGAAGCCUCGCUUUCAAAGAUUGUCGACAAGAUUCGUGACAUGGAGAAAGAAAAGGAAACGGGGAGCGGCGUGAGCAGUAAUAUCGAUGACGGCAUGAGUGAGAUGAAUUUGGAUGGAACCGAGACAGACUUUGUGCCCUGGCAGGCAAGGACUGUCGUUGACCGAUUAGUUAUGAAGCUAGAUGGACUUUUUGGGAGGCAGGACGAAGACCGCCACGAGCUCAUUGACGGCUAUGAUGAUGACUAA